UGACGCUCAGAUGACACCAAACAAGUCUCCGUCAGACUUCAAACCGAGCAGAGGAAUGUGGGGCCUCCUGGGAGCGACCACAGGUGCUCCUCUGUUAGCUCCUCUGCGUUAGCUCCUGCUCCCUGCAGGAUGGUGAUGCGUUCAGAUUACGAAUCCAGGAGGAGUGGAAGGGGCAGUCGGGGGAGCAGUCUGAGGAGAGGUGUCGGUCGGGGGACGGCAAUGAGGACGCCCUCUGUCUUCUGCUGUCAUGGUGCGUCCGCAGUGGGAGAGGAGCGGUAUUUGACCGUCAGGAGGUCCUGCCACAGCAGGGAGAAGGCUCGCCUGGCCACGGAUACUGAGCUGGACCAGGACCUCAGCGACAGGUUGGGUCUCAGCAGCAGCGACACCCUCACCAACGGCAGCCACCGUGCCGACGUGGCCGCCGCCAGACGCCUCGCCAAACGUCUCUUCAACUUGGAUGGCUUCAGGAAGUCUGACGUAGCUCGCCACCUCAGCAAGAACAACGACUUCAGCCGCAUGGUAGCAGAGGAGUAUCUGAGUUUCUUCAACUUCACCGGCCUCGCUCUCGACCAAGCACUGAGGACGUUCCUCAGACAGUUUGCUCUGAUGGGGGAGACUCAGGAGCGGGAGCGGGUGCUGUCACACUUCUCCAGGCGAUACUUGGACUGCAACCCGAACGUGAUGCCCACAGAGG